AUCAAUACUCUGCAGCGUUGCCAUGUCGAGCACAUCAAGGAUUGAGUGUCGGAGUCUUUAUGAGAAAGUGGUUUUCGUCACAAGGGGUGAGAAAAAAGCGAAGAAAAAUUUCAAGAAAGUCUGAUUACACGUGGGUCAUGACUACGUCGUACAGUGCAAGAUAUCACCAUGAGUCUCUGUCCACGGAGACGCUUUCGCAUCACUCCUAUGCGAGCUCUGGCGGCAUUCUUCCUGAUGGUCGUGCUGUUUUGGUAUAGCCUCAGUCGGCAAGAAAUUCCGCAGCAGCCGUGUAGCGUGCCUGAAGAAUUUACCGAGAAAUUACAUGAUCUCGCUUACAGGGCUCACUUGGUCCUCACUAAAUUGGGCAUCGUCCACUUUCUUUGCUUCGGCGCCCUUUGGGGUCAAGUUCGAAUAGGCCGUGCACUGCCGUGGGCUCGUAAAGUGGAGCUAUGCUUAGUCGACACGCUUCGCGACGAUGUCUUAAUUACAAAAGCCUUCCGGGAAGUCGGUUUAAGUGCAACUUAUCUUCACGCGGCGGGAAUUUACAGGAUACAGGAGCAUGAGGUUGGUGAGGAUGCACCCAAAGUGGAGGUAGUCGUUUUCGAAGAAGACGCAGUGACGCAGAUGGUGAAAAGAGUCGGCUGGACCAGAAGGGUUCUACCUCCGGAUUGCGAAUUUUCACCGAGUCUACAGUGUUUUCCGCCACAAUUAGUAAUACCUCCCCUACCGGCAAAACAAUUCGGUGGCCGACUGAUGCCCGUGCCACGAGAAGGCAUAGAAUUACAAAAGUAUCACUAUCCCAACGACUGGUGGCUGGAGAUCAAGCCCACUGACUGUACCGAGCCCCAAGAGACGAACGUGUAGUGUACAAUCAUGGUGCAAUUAGUCCUAGUCCGAUUUAGAACACUGUAUAAUUCACUAGAUUGUCUAAUCGUUGUUCAAUCAACUUGGACAUAGCUCAGUUAUAAUUUAGUUGAUUUAUAGUGUCCAACAAAUAAUUAGCUUGAACCGUAAUAAAAAGAAGUACUGAGGUAUUUUAUUAUAAUUAAGAUACUUUCUAGCAGUAUAUAGAUACAAUGAAUAGAAAAUGUGCAUGUGAUAACAACGGUAGACCUUGAGUUACUGUGUAAUUGCUCAUAAUCUAAUUUACUCUUUUGAAAAGUUCGAUCGGCGUGCACAAAGUAACAACGCAAUUACCGCUUAUAGAAAGUAUUCAAGUGCUGACAUAAAAGAAAACAUACGGUUAGAAUUAUUGAUAGUGAGAUCGUCUGCUAAUCAUAUCAUAGCGAUUGUACUAUUAGAUGAUGAUUACAAAUGGAUUCAAAUUACAAAUCAUACUUUUUAAUUUCAUAGUUUCUCAUUUCCUAAGAUUUUUUCAUUGUUGUCACAUUAUUUCUAUUUUCAUAUAUUGCAUUUUUAGUCCUUCUUUCUAGUUUGUAAUUAAAGUUAUUAAUUACAUUUGUAAUUAAAACUUUAUAUUCAAAAUAAUAAUAAAAAAAUACAAAAUUACAAAACAAAUUUUUAUGCAUUUUUACACUUAAAAAAAAUUUUUUUUUAAUUUAUAAGCUGAGAAUUUUUUAAUGCGAUAACAUUCACACUACCAUAAGUGCUACGAAAAUUAAAGUACGUGUAUGCGCAAAUACAUGUUUAAUGUUCAUAUAUAUUCUUCGAAGCGCAAAAUACUCUAUGUCUAAUCGUGAAGUUAUUGAAAAAGUAUACAGUGAAAGGUAAAAUAUGUAUACUUAUAAAAUUGUUAGUAUACUUUAACUUACUUAAUUAUAUACUUAUUUACACGUUUAUAUACAAUGGGCUUUUUAUACAAGAAACAUGUCUUCUUAAAAUGACGUACUUUAUUUAAGAUUAAUUAUAGAUAAUUAUUACUUCAAUAGACAAUCUUGUUACAACUUAUUAUAAGCUAUAAUAACAAUCGUAAUUAUUCAAUGCAACAUGAUGAGAAACAAUAAUAUGCAAUAAUAAAACGUAUUCGUUGCACUUCUAAUGUUUGCGCGCAAAUUUGUGUUAAAUACAAUUAUAAUAAUUGUAAUAAUUUAUAACAAUUAUAAAUGUAAUUAUAACAAUAUGCUUUGUAAUGUUAUAGUUACGUUCCAAAUUCUUCCAAGGAUUGAAUAAAAAUCUGUAAAAUAUA